ACACCACACAGCCACAACUCCGUUAGGUGCUAAAUUUGUCGUUACUAGUGUCGUCAUCGAUGUACUCAAUUAUGCCAAAUCUGACCACACUGUUUUAAGCAAUUCUAGCAGAAAUAACUGUAAAAGAAUCAUAAAUGGGCGAGAAAUUGCAGCCUAAUUCGAAAAUUUUUCAAAAGUGUUCCUAUCUAGUAAUCGUUUACGGCCCUCUGGUGAUUAGUUUGGGCUACAAAUAUCUCGUUAAAGUGUAGUCAAUAUGCAUUAAUAAGAAUUAAUGUUUUCACAAUAAGUAAUUCACUGUUAAAAGUGGUAUGACUAAUUUGAUAUUUGGAAUUGGUAUAGGAUUAUUCCUUAUUCUGAUUCUGUGGGCUUUGGCUUUAUUUCUGUUUAUUAUUACUUUACGCGUUGAGAAGAAAAUUGGUGCUAUUGCUAUAUUGAUUGUUAGCGUAUGUACAAUUAUUUUAAUUGUUUUACCAAGAGCAUCUGUCAAACCGGUCUCCAUUGAGAAAAAGAUAUAUGAUCAUUUAUUUAUCUGGCGUAUUCUAUUACUUGUGCUGUUGGUUGUAUCUUCUGUCAUUGGCUUGGUAGGAUAUAUUAAAUUUGAAUUAAUAGAAUCUGUCAGGCCAAUUCGAAUAAGUAAUUGGAUUUCUUAGAUAUUUAUAAACCUACCAACAAAAUAGGAGUGUAAAUAUGUAUGACUGCUAAUUCCUAUUUAUUAUGUGCAGUAACUGGGAAAGGGUACUUUAGAUUAAAAAUUGUUUCCAGUUAAUCAAUUUAUUGUUACUUGUAAUAGAAACAGUGUUUAUAAGAUUAAAAAAUGCUGCGCAACACUACUAAACUAUCAUCAAUGUUGGUGCGAAGUGUUUCUCUGUCCCAUCAGAAGAAUAAACGAUUUGAAAUAAAUAACAAUAGUGAAUUUGUUAGUAAGGUAAUGAAUAGUUCGGUACCUGUUAUUGUAAAUUUUCAUGCUGAAUGGUGUGGUCCUUGUAAAAUACUCACACCUAGAUUAAUUCACCUUAUAGAGCCAAUGGAUACAUUAGAUCUUGCGAUUAUAAAUUUAGAAUCAAAUCCAGAAUUAGUACACAUCUUUGAAGUAAAAGCUGUGCCAGCUGUUAUAGCAAUUUCAAAGGGGCUGGUUGUUGAUAAAUUUGUAGGUUUAGUUGAUAUGGAUAUGAUAGAAAAUAUAAUACAUAAACUUACUCAUACUGGUCCCUCAAAUUCUAAAGAUGGUAAGAAUGAAGUUUAAACGCAUAUUACGGUUGUACAUUGUAUGAAAUUAUUUCAAUAAUUAAUCAAUUUGUAUUGUGCUAUAUAAUUUUAUUUCAGUGAGCAUAAAUAUUAUCCUAACAUUGAAAUAUUACUUUUAUGAAAAUGAUUUAUAUAGAGUUACUUCUUUCUUCUCUGAAUUGUAUAGACAAAACAAUAGCAAUUACAUGUCGUGAACGUAAAUUAUAAAAUUAAAUAAAAAUAUAUAUAUAUAUAUAUAUAUACAUACAUAUAUAUAGUUAUAUAAAAAAGUUACAUAAAAUUCUAUUAAAUAGUAUGGGAACAUAUAAACAACCGUAGUUCCAGGAAAAUCAAUCAUUCAAAAUUUCAAUAAAGAUUCCUUAGAAAAUUUCAACACUAUCUAGAAUUUUCACUGUAGGUGCAUUCUUCAUUCAUAAUGAAUAAAUACUAGGAUAAAAUAUAAAACUACUAUUUCUAAAAAGAUAACGUAUUCUCAUUUAUUAUUUAUAAUUUUUAUAAUAAUAACUUGUUAAUUACUUUACAAACUUUUGGUAAUGUUUUAUGUGUCAAUUAUAUUAUAAUAUGAUUAUAAAAUGAUUCUUUAAAACUGAUUGUGUAUUACAUAGUACAAUACAUUGUAAUAAUUAAGAUUAACGGCCUUUUUUGAUCUACAGUGUCAUCAUACUAGCAAUAUUUAAUAAAGUAAUUCUAAUGUGUAAAACUGAAAUAUAUUUCAAGGUACUCACUUUCUUUGCAUUACUACUUAAAUAUCUCAUAAUGGAAUACAAUUAAUAAGAUUAAUCUCAGCGAUCUCAAUAAAAUUCAUUUAAAAUACAUUGUGCAACAGAGCUAACAAUCAUAUAAUGUUAAAUAUCGAAUCUACGAUAUUAAUACACAUGAUAGAUGCAGGAAUUAUAAACAAAUUGUUGUCCAAUAUAACUUUUUGUUCUGUGUUUAUUCUACAUCGUAAAACAAUUCUGUACAAUCUGUGUAUGAAAGUACUGUCGAUUGUAGAUAGUAGGCCAGAUAUUUAAUAAAGACCAUUUAAUCCAUGUAUUCCCUGAAGAGAGAAAUUUUUUACCCUUGGCAGCAAGUGAUACAUAAAUGUAUACCAAUAAUUAAAGGACUAGCUAAAAAUUUCUUCAUCAGUCAGGUGCUUUCAAGAGACACCAUGAUAAGGCAAUGCUGUGAUUUUUUUGGUUACUUGCAAAAUUGUUCAUCAUUCAUGUCAAAUAUAUAUAUACUAUAAUUAUAUGUACUACUCUUUCUUUAUUUAAUCAUAAACAAGAGAGUAUUUUAUAUUUUUGCAAGCAACCUCGUCU